CUAUAACUGUUUGCGUCUACACCCCUAGGACUUGGCGGAGAUCUCGAGCACGCAUAGGUACAUGUCGAUCGCAGCGUAAGCCUCCACGCUGGAGCCAUUCGAGUUAUCGUAUUCGCCGCUUCAGCCUCAACACCAUGGGUUUCCAGGCGAGGGGAACUGCGCUCGUUGCAGCGCUGCUGCUCAGCUCGGCGGUCACGGCACACGAACACCAUGUCAACAAGAUAGCACAAGGCGAGGCUAUAUCCGAGGACCCUCUCGAUUCGAUCCUCUGGAUACAUAUCCUGUUGCAGGGGUUCGCAUGGGGGAUCAUCUUUCCCACGGGGAUGGUGUUGGGCAUAAUCCGCUCGAAAUGGCACGUUCCCGUGCAAGUGUCCGGCUCCGUACUCGCCAUCAUCGGCUACUUCCUAGGCCACAAGCACAAGGGCAGGCAGUUCUCCGAAGACAACAUCCACGCCAAAUUCGUCCCCAUCAUCAUGCUCCUGUUGGUCGCCCAGAUCGUCAUGGGCAUCUACCUCAAAUUCCACCUCGAGAAGGGCAUCCACGGCAAGAUACGCAGGGUCGUCCUCAUCGGCCACGGCGUCGUCGGCAAGGCCCUCCCGGUCUUCACCUGGGUGCAGUUCGUCUUCGGCGGCAUUACAGCCAUGGGCUUCUGCCGCGCGGACCACACCGGGCAGUGCCUCGCGCACUUCAUCAUGGGCAGCGCCUUCAUCGCCUACGGCAUCGUGCUCAUGAUCCUGCUGCUGGUCGGCCAGCUGUGGCUGCAGCGCACCGGGCGCAGCCAGGAGUUCUUCGACUCGGCCGUCAUCGCCGCGUGGGGCUGCGUCAACACCUUCACCGAGCACCGCUGGGGCGGGCCCUGGGUCCACAACGACCUGCAACACACCUCCAUGGGCAUCAUCUGGUGGGCCGCAGGGCUCGUCGGCCUGUGGCUGUCGCGCAAGCGCAACGGCGCCCCCAAGCGCAACCUCAUCCCCGGCAUCGUCAUCUUCGUCACGGGCUGGGCCAUGUCCGCGCACCCCCAGCACCUCCCCAUCUCGACCAUGGUGCACACCGUGUUCGGCUUCACGCUCAUGGCCGCGGGCGCCGCGCGCAUCGUCGAGAUUGCGUUUGUGCUGCGCGACCGCAGCGCCGUGACGCGCGACCUCGCCGACCCGGACCCCAACAGCUUCCAGUACCUGACCCCGUUCCUGCUCAUGGCGGGCGGCUUCCUGUUCAUGGGCGCCACCGAGGAGCAGAUGCAGUUCCUGGCCGACGCGGAGGUGACACAUGUCUCGUACGUGCUGAUCCUGUUCAGCAUUGCGUUCCUUUUGUUCCUGUUCGCGAAUUUACUCAUCCACUUGUACGCGGUCCACGCGUUCCAGGACGAGAAGGCGGAUGCAGAGGCCCCGCACACCAACGGCGCGGCGAACGGGUACGCGAGGGUCGACCACAGGGCCAGGGAUGCAGAGGAGUUUGAACUAGAGGGGUUGACAGACGACGAGGACGAAGACGACGAGGCGCGGCACAAAGAGGGGCGGACAAACGGGCGCGUUGCGCUGUAGGAUUUCGUUCAAGUUUUUAGAAUCAAUGCAUGGCCGUGGCG